AUGAAUGAUACAGCAAACGAGCACGAUCAGGAUACCGACGGGGAUUUCGAAUCCGCCGAUAACAGCCCCGAUUUUACUUUGGGCGGGCUGAGCUGGGAUCUAGGACUGGCCCCUGCUGGAGACGCAGGCACGCAGCAACGUGAUCCCCAGCGUAAAGGUGCAAUCGACAUCCGCUGUUCUUGUCUCGACGUGAUCCAUGGGAUAAUGAGCGAGCAUGGAAAUGAUCGAUUUGCAACCCUGCUCGUGCUUGAAUUUCGGUUUGACGUGCGGAAACACGCCCGGCGGAUUGAAGGGGUCCAGAUCGCCCUCGAAUUUAGGGCUCGGGAGGCAGGCGAGGCCGGUCCUGAAGUCUAUAAAAUCGCCCCAGAUGGUAACUUCAGCCUUGUUCCCACAAGCCAACGAGAGGACAUAAAGCGAUUGGUUUCCGGCCAAGCUGGAGCCUCAGCACCGGUAGGAGGGCUGAACAUCACCGGGACUGUCGGUUGGGAGAAGACUAUCAGCCGCGACAAACAGGACCAUUGCACUGUGGUGGGAUCGCGGGACCUGGUGGGCCGGAACUGGGGAUCGGCAAACAGUGCGUCCUGGACCCUCCUGGAGAAUAAGUCCGCCCAGAGUGGUGUUCCAUCUCUACUGCGCACGGCCAUUCUGCUGCUAAGGGAGGAUGAGCAGCCAUUCGAGUGCGUGGUCAAGCUCACGGCUGAUGUUGUCACGGGUUGGCGGGAACGGCUGUGGGGAGGCAAAGGACGCGUGCCCAAGGAUGAUCCAGUACUGUUCGACCCCCUUUUGAAUCCAACAAAGAAUUUGCAGGAAUUUGAUGUCUACAAUCUGGGGCAGGUCGAUUUGGAGGGGUUGUGCAGGGUCACGCACCAGCGGAAUUGGCAGGACACACCUAAGCACCAGUCUCUAUGUUAG